AUGCAUCAAGAUCCCAAUGACACUAUGCAGUCAGACAUAUCAGACAUACCACCCACGCAACCCAUCGUGGAACACGAGCCAAAGCAUCCAUCGCAGCCCUCAACACGCACCCCAAAAGCAAUGCAACAGCCGCCUGAGUCCCCAAAGGAACCCGAGUCCCCAAAGGAACCCGAAUCCCCAAAGCACACCUCAGAAGCUAGGAAGCCUCCGUCUGAGCCCCCAGAAGCCAUGAAUGAGCCGUCUGAGCCUCCGAAACGCACCUCACAUGCCCCAAAGCCCACUUCAGCAACGCUGAACGACUCAGCUUUCACACCACUGUCGAUGCGAGCCCUCUACUACACCCCAGACGGGUUAGACAACGGCACACCCGAUGGAAUCCCAGAAGGAGAAAUCAGCGACGCCAUCUCACCCGACACAAGCACAGGCAUCGUCCGCCAGAAAGGAACAAACCUCGUCUUCGAUCCUGGCUUCCCGACCCCGCAGCCCUCCCCUCAGCAAUACCUACUGAAGAUCAGCACGGCAGCCUUCUGCCACGACGAAAUCCGUCUCGCCGGACUCCUGAACCCCCCAAAUACCACGCCGCAGAUUCCACUCCACAGUAUCUGCGGGACAGUCAUCAGCACGCCGCGUGAAGACGACGAGCGGGAAGAAGGCCCGAAAUUCAAAAUUGGCGAUGUAGUCUUUGGUGUGGUAAGCUAUACGCGUGACGGCGGAGCCGCAGACUAUGCAGUUGCAACCGAGAGCGAGCUAGCGCUGAAACCGGAUAAUAUCACUGUUGCUGGGGCGGCGGCGCUUGCAUUACCGGCGUUGACAGCUUGGCAGGCGCUUUUUCGGUAUGCAGGGCUCGAUCCCGACGUGCCUGGCGGGCUGAACGAGGUCAGCGAGGAGCUGGGCGGCGGGAAUGGGAUCGGGGGUUGGCUUUGGCAGCGUCAACGCCGUCAGUCUGUGCUCGGUAGUCAGGAUUAUGGCUACGGACACCGCAAAAGUACAGUCGCUGGUAACGGCGGCCUACUAGAAGGUACUCCCAGUGGCAAUGGAAAUGGAAACGGGAACGGGCGUUGGAUUUGGCAGUGGAAUCGCGGCGGCUCCAAAUCAAACGGCAAUGCCAAUGGCACCGCCAAUGGGAAUGAUAUUGACAUUGACAACAUCCCUCCAGCUGCUAGAGCAGCCAGUCCCGCUCACAAUCAUAAGAAUGUGCGUCGCGAGAGCCUAAUGAGUCUCAUCAGCGGUAAUCCCAGUGGCAAGAAAACCAUUCCUCGCGCUGCCAGCACAAUUGACCCAAAUCCCAAGCGUACUGUCCGUCGCAGCAGUUUGAUCGGCCUGAUAAAAGGCAACACUGAUCCUGCAGCUACGCGCGCUGCCAGCACAGUGGAUCCCACAGCUAAUGGCGAUGCCAACAACAAUACCCGCCGCGGCAGCCUCAACCGCGUCAACGGCAACGCUAGCCCUGGACGGCGUGCUAGCCUACUAGGAAGCAUAAUUGGCAACACGAAUUCCAACGGCAACGGGAAGCAAAAACCGCCCAAGAUCCGAGUCCUCGUCACCAACGCCCGCGACAACGACAUCGGCCGUAUUGCGGUGCAGAUCCUGCGAGCAGAUUCGCUCUUCCCCACACCCGUCCGGCCGUGGAUCUGUGUAACAUGCACGCAAGUCGAAGCCGACAUCAUCGAGAAGGACUGGGAAGUGGACGAGAUAGUCAUCAUCCCGCACCUGCCCUCGCGAGACGAGUGUAAUAUCGAGAAGGUGUUCCGCGCGCGCCGCUGGGAGCCGGUUGAUAUCGUGCUUGACUGUUCCGGCGGCGAAGUCUUCCGGGCUGCUCAUGCUGCGGGUGUCGUUAAGGACUACGGGGCUGUGUUGACUGUUGUGGAUGGCCAGGUUGCGCUGCAGUCUCCGCUUGUUCCUGAGAAUGAUGUGCUGGGCGAGAGGAGGCGUGGGAUUAAGAGCCGGUUUGUCCCUGUUAAUCCUGACGGGGCGGCUAUGGAGCGGAUCGCGGAGUUGGUUGAGCAGAGUCUGGUCCGGGGGAGAGAGAUUACUGUUGUUGAUAUUCCGCGUGCGGCGGAUCUGUUGGCUUCUGGAGCUGCUGGGACGGCGGGGAGUCGACGUGGUGGGAUGGUAGUUGUUAGGGUUAAUACAUAG